AUGGCAAAGAAAAUAUCAAAACACUCAAGAGCAGCAAGAAGAUCAGAACUUGAAAUCGACACAGAAGUCAAGUCUCUAGAGAAUCUACCAAGAGCUGAAAAGACCGAUUUGUCCAAUAUCUUAAUAAGAACAGCAGCAAAAAAUGAAGCACUAUUAGAUGCUAAGAUCCAAAAGAAACAGGAUAGAAAGAAAUUCUUCAAAGAAAAAUACACUAAGAAGGCUUUGGAAAAUAAAUUACUCGCAGCAUUAAAUAAUGAGGAUAAGGACAGAUUAGAACAUGCUCUAAAUAUAACAAAUCGAUUGGAUGGUAAAGUUUCAAAAUCUAUAGCUCGUGCCAAAUAUGUUCAAAAUUCAAGAAAGGCUAAUUGGGAUCAAACUAAUAAGGUUAUAAAAAGAAAAUUGAAAGGUGAUUCUAUCUUGGAUAAGACGGAAAUGAAAAAGAACGAUGAUGACGAAGAGCUAGAUGAUGAACCAUUUGAUGAUGACGAAGAAGAAAACAGAAACAAAAAGACCAUCCCACAAAAUAUGUUUGGUUUAUUAAGCACCGAUGUAGAAGAAUAG